AAAGAGUGCCAGUGGUCCAUUUCGCACAAGACAUCUGUGGAACAUCUUAAAAAGAGGUGACUGCCUCUUUUCACACUGCACACCCAAAAUAAGGCCUCCAGGGGACGUCUUAAAAAGAAGCAGUUUCUGGUAUGCUUUCCAGACUGCAAAAGCAUCAGAGGAAAAGAGACUGUUUUCUGCCCACCCACGUCAGUUUCAUCCUCAGCUUGCACCUGAUAUUUUGUGUGUAGCUAAAAGGAUUCUCUCUCCCACUAUUUGCUGAAGGACACCUUUUUUAGCAUCCCCAGGAUGUCUUGUUUGGAAUAUGCGGAACGGACCAUAGAAAACUGCCAUAGGAAUGCCAUAGAAAACUGAUAAUGAGAGAAUGAAGAAUGAGGGUGUCCCAAUUUGUUCAAAAUCUGGCUAAAAGCAAAAAUAUUGAAAAAAAUGACAAGCAAAAUUUGCCUGAAAAAAUUGAAGACUGGACCAAAGAACAUGUGAAACAAUGGGUGACAAAUGAUCUGAAGCUUGAAGAGAAACAUGGCACUGUCCUUCUUCAGCAAGAUGUGACAGGCACCAUUUUGAAGCUUUUGUCAAAGCAAGACCUCAUCGAUAUGGGGAUAACUUAUGGCCCAGCUAUACAGAUUAUUCUUGCUCUAAAGGAGAAACAAGAUCCCAGUGAAGUUACUGGCAAAGACCUCAGCGCAGAGACUCUUGAGGCUAAAUCUUCCAUGGAAAACAGAGACAAAGGAAGAAUGGAAGAAAAUGCCCAGGAGAAAUCAAAGUCAACUGAUGCCUCUGAAUCACCAGAACUUGCAAAAUCUGAACAAACACUGACUACAAUUCAAGAAAAAACGGACAACUUGGUUGGCCAGGAAAAUGAAAAUGACCCACUUCCAAACAGACAAUCUUGCUUGCCAUAUCCUUUUGAUGACUUUCACAGCGGUCACCGUUAUAUACAACAUCAUGUUCUCAGCAUUCCUGAGACAGGACCACUUAAUCUCAUCGAGCCAGCUCAUGAGUUUAAACUUUUUACAGAUGCAGUAAAGAAUGCAUUUGAAGAGAAUUUAAAAAUGAAAUUUUGCAAUGAGGUUUUCAGGUUUGCUGCAGCCUGCAUGAAUUCCCGCACUAACGGUACUAUUCAUUUAGGAGUACGAGACAAACCUCAUGGGGAAAUCGUUGGAGUGAAAGUUGAAAACAAAGAGAUAUAUAUUUCUUAUUUUAAUACAAUGAUAAAGAAAUAUUUUGAAAAUGUUGUGGAUGUUGCAAAAAAUUGCAUUAGGGAACCAAGGUUUGUGGAAGUCUUACAGCAAAAUAAUACCACGUCAGAGACAUUUGUUGUUGAAAUAGAUGUGGUUCCAAAACAUUCUCAAUGUCAAUCUAAAUAUUUCCCUAGUAAAAUAUUCGACUACAAUGCAAAAAAAUGGGAAUCAUGUUUCUUUAUAAGGGAUGGUGCUUCUUCCACAAACCUUCCUGAAAAUGGUAAAGAACGUAAAUUGUUUAUAUCCAAGUUGGACAAAUUAGCAGCGUCACGAAAGGAAGCUGAGGAAGAAUAUAGAGAAAAAGGGAGGAAGAGGGAUGAUGAGGGUCGCAAACUGGUGAGCUUACUCACUGGAAACAACAACUUGCUAGAUAACUCCUAUUAUGACUGGUAUAUUUUAGUCCUAAACAAAUGCCACCCUUCUAAUAUACAGCAUGUGAACUUUUUGCAGGAAAUAAAGUUAUUUGGUGUUCUGGAGUUUGAUCCCGAGUCAGAAAGCAGUGGUGUGGUCAAAGCAUUCAGAGAAAACCGAGCAGCAAACCUUCAUAUUCCAAAGCAAUAUCAAAAGCCUGAGAAUUUAGCUUCAGAAAUAACUGAAGAGCUGAAUCUUUAUCAACAACCAAGCUGGAUUUUCUGCAAUGGUCGGUCAGACCUGAGUGGUGAAGCAUUUAAGCCAUUAAACCCUAAUCUGUGGCAACAACAGAGGGCUGCCGAGGUCCGAAAACUGAUUUCAUUUAUUUCCCGUCCAGACAUAAUGCCAAGAGGGAAGUUUUUGGUAGUGUUUCUCUUACUAUCCAAAGUGGAAGAUCCAGGUGAUCCUAUGAUUGAAGUAUUUUGUACAUUUUAUCAAGAGCUUCAAGGACUUGAUGACAUGCUGUGCAUUUGUAUUGGGGAAAAAACUUACCAGUGCUGGAAAGACCUCUUGCAAGCCAGAUUUAUUGAACCAGAUGCCUUAGCAAGCAGGUGCAUAUCUAACUUGAGCCUGGAAAUGGUGAAUGGUACUAUCCUGAAAUUAAAGUCUGUGACACAAACUUCUCAGAGGUUUUUACCAUCCAGAGGACUUUCCUCUUCAGUUCUCUCAAAGAAAGACGAAGAUUGCAUGACUGCACUGGAAAUACUUUGUGAAAAUGAAUGCAAAGACACAGAGAUUGAGAAAGAUAAGGAUCGUUUUUCUCAAUUUAAAAAAUCCCAUGAAGAGCAUUUUUAUAGAGGUGGGAAAGUGUCUUGGUGGAAUUUUUAUUUCUCCUCCGAAAACUAUAGUUUACCUUUCAUUAAACGAGACACGUAUGAUAAACUUGCAGAAUUAAUUGAAUCAGAAUCCCAGUCCCUGAGACAAUCUCCUACAAAAAUCAUCAACCUCUUCCAUCAUCCGGGUUGUGGUGGUUCAACUUUAGCUAUGCAUAUUCUUUGGGAAAUGAGGAAGAAAUUUAGAUGUGCCGUUCUGAAAAACAAAACAAUUGAUUUUGCAGAAAUUGGAACACAAGUGACCACCUUAAUCACAUAUGGGGCAUCAAACCAGUCUGAUUAUUUGCCUGUUUUGCUUCUUGUGGAUGACUUUGAAGAACAAGAAAAUGUCUACUCACUGCAGCAUGCUAUCCAGUCUGCUGUAACUGAAAAAGGUAUUAUAUAUGAAAAUCCUCUGGUCAUUAUCUUAAAUUGUAUGCGAUCACAGAAUCCCGGAGAAAGUUCAAAGAGCAACAGUCUGAACAGUAUUGCUCUGAAGCAAAAUCUAAGUGUGAAAGAGCAAAGAGCUUUUGAGGAAAAACUGAAAGAAAUUGAAAAGCAAUAUGAGAAUCCUGAAGAUUUUUAUUCAUUUAUGAUUAUGAAAACAAAUUUCGACCAGCAGUACAUUGAAAACGUUGUCAAGAAUACAUUGAAAGGUCUUGACAUUACAAGCAAGCAAGCUCAACUUAUUUCCUUUCUGGCCCUGUUAAAUUCUUAUGUUACAGAGUCGACCAUCUCAGUCUCACAAUGUGAAGAAUUUUUAGGAAUUAGCACGAAAAAGGCUUUCUGGGGGGGAGAAAGCUUAGAAGACAAGAUGGGAAGCUGUUCCAACAUAAUAAUACAAAAUGAAAUUCGGGAACAUGGCCGCUACAAAGGGGUACAGAUUGGUCACUUACUGAUUGCCAAACAGUGUCUAGAAGAAUUUAAACAAACAUAUGGAUUGACUAAAAGUGAGAUUACACUCUCGCUGUUACAAAAUAGUUUAUUUUAUGACACUGGCAUAGGGAGAGACAAAAUACAGCAAGAUGUGCAAAGCAUGCUGCUUACAAGACACCGAAAGGAACAUGGAGAUCACACAGACACAUUGUUUUCCCCAUUAAUUGAAGCCAUUCAAAACGAAGAACGGGGAACCGAAGUUGUAAGGGUAUUAACAGAAGGAACCCAAAGAUUUAGCCAGAAUGUAUUUCUUAGUCAAGCUUUAGCAAGGCAUUUCUACAUUAAGGAGAAAAAUUUUGGUUGUGCACUAGAAUGGGCGCUUAAAGCAAGAAAAGGUGCACCUAGCAAUUCAUUUAUAUCAGACACUUUGGGACAAGUAUAUAAAAGUGAGAUAAAGUAUCGACUAGAGGAAAAUGCACAGAAAUCUAUCAUAAGUGCUGAUGUUCUGAAGGAUUUAUUGAACCUUGCCAAGAAUGCCUCAGAAGCAUUUAAAGUAUCCCAACAACAAACAGAAAAUAAAGAGAGUGAAAGGGAAGAAUUUCAGAUUACUAAAUAUAAAAGAAGGUACGAAAUAUACAAUACGUCUGGUUAUCUGGGGGAAAUAGAAACUGGGUUGUACACUAUAGAAAUUCUUGGAUGUACUCCUCUGUUCCGUGAAAAAGAUGAACUUUCUAGAAAACUUCUCAUUCACUUCUUAUCAGGAAACCAGGGUAUCCCCAAAUCCACAUGGAACACAGGAAGUGAAGAAUAUAUAUUGAUUCUUGAAGAGUAUGGGAGCUAUUUAAGUACCUUGCAAGGAAGUUUUAAAAAAGCAUUUGACUUCUUUGAGAUCUACUUUGUUUUUCUGAAGCCAAAGAACCCUGAAAAAGAAAUUGUUGAGCUCAAAAUACGCAAGAAGGUUCAAGAAUUGUUCAAAAAAUAUGUAGAAAUAUUUUGCAAGUCUGAUAUGAACCUGCUGAUGAACUCAAAAUUGAGUUCUUCUUUGCAAGUGGAAAAUUAUAGGAAGAGUUUAGAGGGUUCAAAAGCAGACAAGUUUUCUGGGAUUUUGGAAUAUCUCAGUAAUCAUGAAAAAUCUGCAAGCAAACUGGAGGACAUACUAAAGAAGUAUGCAGUUUUGAUUACUCAGAGCUCUACCAAAUAUUUGCAAAGGGACAAAAUGAAUUUUAUCUUAGUCAACAUAGUUCUCCAUUGCCUGAAGCCAAAAUCCAAGAUGGUGAGACCUUUUUCAGACCUGAAAGAACAGCUCAAAACAAUCCUACAGUCAGUAGGCCCAGAGCACCGAUAUGCAGAACCGUACUUCCUAGCUUCCUUGUUGUUCUGGCCUGAAAACCAAAAGAAGCUAGAUAAAGAUUCUAAGCUAAUGGAAAAAUAUCUGAGUUCAUUAAGGAAAGCAUUUAAUGGGCAGUACUGGCAAAUGUGUCGUUCCAAACAACCUAUAGCGUUUUUCUACCUUGGAAAAAGCAACGAUUUGAAUAAAUUUAUUUACAGAGGGAAAAUUGAUCAAUCUUUCUUGACCUUGCCCAGCCAGGAGCUGAGUAACCUGUGGCAAAGUGGAGAGAUAUGGAGGGAAAGGAAUGCUAAAGCCCCUUUGCUCCGAUUGACUGGGAAGGCCGAAGAUAAUAUGAUAUAUGUGGAUUUUGGUGUUGAUGAAGACAUCAGAAUACCAGCACGACCUGUUUUCUUAGGGCAGUUAAAAAGUGGCCGAAGCAUAGAAAGAGUGUCCUUUUAUUUGGGUUUUUCCAUUGGAGGCUUGAUAGCCUAUGACAUAGAAAUCAUUCAGUAGCUUUUAAAACUGUUCCUUCGACUCUGUAAGUGGAAUGUAGCAUCUUUUUGUCCACAGUAGCUACAAGUGGCAUGUCCUAUGUGUACAGAAACAUCUACCAUAACAACUGCACAUGCUACAUCUCCUGACUUUAAAGGAAAAGGAUUCCAUAUGCAUCUGCAACAGAGCUAAAGUGAUGUUCCCUCAGGCUGCAAAAUGAAUCAUAGUGAUCCCUAUUUCCACUGAAGAUGCCUAUGGGUAAUCACAGCUAUUGUUGGUAGGAGGGAGCAAAUAAUGACUAGAGAAUAGAUUGUCUUGACUGUUAACUAUUGAUAUUUCUGUCUGGCACAAAUUAUUCUAUUAAUCCUUUCAUGAAUACUUUCAUACUAUUUGUUAUUACCACAGCUUGUGAUAGUGCAUGUUAAAGGACAAUUUCAUUAUGGUAUCAAACCUGUUACAUGUCUUCUGUCUGACUGCAAACAGAAAGGUUGUUUUUAUUCAUCAUAAAACCAGUCCCUGAUAGUUUCACCAGAAGAACAUAUUUUUCUCUGGUACUUAAUAUUUCUUCUGUUUAGAAAUAGGUUUUGAUGUGGAUGACAGAAAGGAGCAAUUCAUGUUCAGCAAAGAAUUGUUAAAAAAUUUAUCCCCACACAUGAUUCGGUAUUGUACAAGCUCAUACCUGUCACUCAUGCAAAGCUCUAAAGAAGCAAUCCUAAGCAGGUUUACUCAGAAGUACAUUGAUUUUAUUCAAUGGUAAUUACUCCCAGGAAAGUUUUAUUAGUAUGGGACUCUAAAGGAGACGUGGAAAUAAGUACUGCAUUGGUCAUCUAAGAAGCUGGACCUUUCAUACAAUGGUAUAUGGAUGGACACACGUUUUAGACCAAGCUAAACCUUUCCACUUUUUGGUAUU